GUUAAAGGCACCGUUUUAAUAAGUUGGUAUGAUUUCCACUGUCACAUUCAAAAUAACACCUUGACACACGAGAGGCAAACGUACGAAACCUUAUUGUUGUCCGAUAUUAGGAAUUUGUUACAAGUCGGCGAUGCGUUACUACCGCGGAAUGCCAAGUCCGCGUCAGUGCGUUCAACUGCUGGUAGCCAUUUUAAUCGUAUUGGUAAUUUUCUCUUCGAUCACUGUUCGACAAACGUCAAAUCCAGUCGUGCCCCUGAAACCGCCACCUUACGCAUACCCUGACAACGAUCAGGAAUCGAUAGGAAGAACUGUACGGAAGAAAACGAUUGCUGAAAUUACUGGCAUAGCGAUUCGGAAUGAUGGCGGCGAAUGGCACGGAUAUGACGUCAUUUGCAACAACUCUGAAGACGAUUUUCUGUCCACUAUGUUGAUGACACCGAAUGGCGUGACUCCUAUUUUCCUGUACGAUCCCGACUACGACUCACGGGUGUCCAAGUCUCUUAUGGAUUCUGGCACUUGGCAGCAAGACGUCAUGCUUGAACUACGAGACUUGAUGGAAGAGAACAGUCAAAUGGCUCUUCUGGAUAUUGGAGCAGGAAUAGGGGCGCUCAGUCUGGCCAUGGCUCAAAUGCAUCGAUUUGUCAUAGCGGUGGAGCCCUCUCCUGAAAACGCAAGGAGACUCUGCGAGGGUAUAAUCCAGGGUAGGUUCCAAAGGAAAGUCUCCAUCGUCAACAAUGCAUUGUCCGAUAAAGUCAAGAUGAUGGAGUUGGAUGUUUGGGACAACGAAAGGAGCAACGUGCACGUGCGUGACGUGACGAAGCCAUCUGACAAAACCCUAGUCCAGGCUAUUCGAUUGGAUAAUUUGGUUGACAGAUUUCCUUUCGCGCUGACGGCAAUUCAUAUCGACGUCGGCGAGAACGUUGCUAGUAUUCUCAGAGGGGUUGGUUACUUCUUCGACGCGACUGUCGUCUGGGCUGUGCUCGUCAACUGGAGUGACGUGCUUGGGUCGCCUGCAGACGUCGAUUACGUGCGCACCUUCAUGGAAGCACACCACAUGACACCACACGGGAAGGCUAAUGGGAAAAUGCCGCUCAUGCAUACAGACUAUAAAACGUGGCCACAACUGGUGAUCUUUAAAAAGACACAUUACCCCAAAACAAACUAUUAAUCAGACUGGUGACUUUCCCUCUUCACUUUCUCCUCUUCCUCUUCCUUCUCCUUCUUCUCUUCUGCUUCUUCUUCUCCAUCAAUUUCGGCAUCUCCUUCUUCUUUUUC